UCUUGCAGGAGAGAAAGGAAGGGUAAUGAUUCAAGUUUUUGCUAAAAGGAACUCACAACUCAGUAUGCCACUCUUCUCUCCUCCACUCACACUCAAGCGAAAAAAUAAGAUCAACUGAAGAAAUUCUGCCGAUCUCUCUUUUUCUCCCUACGUCUAUACCUCAAUAGGGAACGAGAGAAAAGUUGAAAUGGAAAUGACAAGAGAUAAAGCUGAUAAGAAAAGAUAGGAUGUUUUGUCCCACGUGCAAUUCGCACGUGGCUGCAACUGCGGCGGUUGGGAGUUGAUACUGUCACUCACCGCAUGUAUGUUUGCUUCACGCAAUCUUUCUCUCACUGCUGUCUCUCUCUCCUUGCCGUGGCUUUAAAGCUUGAACCAAGUACACCCACAACCCUACUCAUGCCCCUCCUCUGCUUCUGCUUCAAAUAAAUGAAGACCAAACUGUCCUUUCUCAUGACCCACUGUUAAAAGCUUCUAUUUUUCCUUACAUGUAUCAAACUAAGUAACAGAAAAUUCUUUCUUUCUUUGUUUCUCUACAAUACCCAUCUCUCCCUUCCCUUCAUUUCUCUCUUCUAUAUAUUGUUAUUUGAUAGACGCCUAGACCCCACAAGAAGUUAAGCACACACAGAAGUGGAUAACCUUUGUAAGCAGUUACUGAUGGAGAGAGAAAGAGAGAUGAGCAGUGCCAAUAAUGGAGGUGGGCCUUGCGGUGCCUGCAAGUUCCUUCGGAGAAAGUGUCUGAAAGGUUGCAUUUUUGCACCUUACUUUGACUCGGACCAGGGCACGGCUCACUUUGCAGCAGUUCACAAGGUGUUUGGUGCUAGCAAUGCCUCCAAACUCCUCCUCCGCAUACCUGCACACAAGCGGUUUGACGCAGUUGUUACUCUUUGUUACGAGGCCUUGGCUAGGGUUAGAGACCCUGUUUAUGGCUGUGUUGGCCACCUCUUUACUCUACAACAGCAGGUAGUGAAUUUACAGGCGGAGUUGGCUUACAUUCAGGCCCGUCUUUCAACAAUGCAGAGCAUGCCUUCGGUGGAAGCACAGGCUCCACCAGCUCAAAGCAUAUCAACUUCAGAGAUGGCAUCCAAUUCAAUUGUGUCAAUGCAUUUUGACAUACUACAAGAGGUAUCAACGGAAUUCACCAGCCUCUGUAAUCCACUGGAUAACAAAGAUGAUGAUCUCCAGGCUUUAGCACGGGACUUUGUUUCUAGAUACUUGCCUGGAGUCAGGUUCAGGCCUCCAACUUCUCAAUAGAAAACCUUUUUUUUUUUUUUUUCUGUUGAAAUGGGUUUGGGCUCCUGUUACGUGCACUGCUGAUAGUACGUAAUCUUGUAUUUGAUUUCAAAUCAUACUCCUUUCCUUUCCUUCCUUAGUGCUUGCUUUGAGGCAUGGGCUCAGGCAUUAGACAAUUGUUCCACUUCCAUAAAUAGAAGCAAUGGGCCUCCAAGCUAA